AUGGCAUCCAAAACCAUCGAGAUCCAUCGCGUCGGCGCGGAGAUAUUCCGGGGCGACGAUGCCAUGUGCAAGAAGAAGUGCGUGGAGGUGCUCGAGGAGCUGGGCCUCCCCACGGGCCUGCUGCCGCUGGAGGAGAUGGAGGAGUUCGGGUACAACCGCGCGGCGGGCUUCAUGUGGCUGCUGCAGAGGAAGAAGACGGAGCACACGUUCAAGAAGGUGAAGCAGACCGUGUCGUACGCCGGCGAGGUGACGGCCUUCGUCGAGCCGGGGAAGCUGAGGAAGAUCGCCGGCGUGAAGACCAAGGAGCUGUUCCUGUGGCUCAGCGUGGUGGAGGUGUAUGUUGAUGAGAGCGUGACGGCCCCUGGUAACAAGGUCACCUUCAAGACCGGCACUGGUCUAUCUGAGACCUUCGAUGCUGCUGCUUUUGCCCUUGGAGAAUGA